GGAAGAGGGACCCGAGCGCCCCGCCCCUGAGGCCCCGCCCCGUCCCGUCCCAGCUUUACUAGCCAGAGGUCUCGGGGGCCCGUAGGCCGCCGGCCGGUCUGGGCCCCCGCGAUGUCGCAUGGAUCAGGGCUCAUCCGAACCACGUGCAGCAGCGGCGGCGCGCCGGGGCCAGGCCAGCCCUCGGAGGGACUGCUGGACCGGGUGUACCCGCGCACCCAGGGCGCCCUACUCAAAGUGGCACAGAUGGUCACCCUGCUGAUUGCCUUCAUCUGUGUGCGAAGCUCCCGUCGGGUCGACUAUGGCGCCUACAGCUUCUUUGAAGUUGUCACCAUCUGCGACCUGAUAAUGAUUCUCGUCUUUUACCUGGUCCACCUCUUCCGCUUCUACCGUGUGCUUACCUGCAUCAGCUGGCCCCUGUCGGAGCUUCUGCACUAUGUCAUCGGCACCCUGCUUCUUCUCAUCGCCUCCAUCGUGGCAGCCUCCAAGAGCUACAACCAGAGUGGCCUGGUAGCGGGCGCGAUCUUUGGGUUCCUGGCCAGCUUCCUCUGCCUGGCAAGCUUGUGGCUGUCUUACAAGAUCACCUGCAUAACCCAGUCAACAGAUGCAUCUGCCUGACAAGGCCAUCACCUCCGGUCCCCUCAAAAGGACCUGCAGGAUGUAUGUGCUCACCCUAGGAGGACCCCAGACAUGGCUACGGACUGCUCAGAUGACAAGGCCAGUACCUUCCCUGGCUUUGCCAGGACACUGGGCUCCUGAGCAUCAAGCAGCUACAGCCGCCUUCGAGUCUGCCACAGAGAACAUUUCUCCACUCUGGGCUCCUAGCACCACUCAGGUACCAAGGAAGGACUGCGCUGAGCCUAACAGAGACUUCUGGAUCCGCCUGCGUAGACGCGCCUUUUUUCAUAGCCCUCAGGACCGAGACCUCCCAGAGUCCUCACAGAAGCAUUGGACCCUAAUUUAUCUGGCCUGUCAAUCUGGUCUUCAAGAGCCUCUGUUCUAAGUGAGAAGCCAGCAGAAACACUAUGUGGCCGCCCCGUUUCUCCGGUCCCUAUCUCUGCCUUUGCCACCGUGUGUGGGGGGGAGGGGGGUGGUUUUUAAUAAAACAUCAGUCAACCAUA